AUGUCCUUCAACGCAUCUGCGCCGCGCGAGCGCACGUAUGAUCGCGAGGUAGAUGUUGAAGAUUUCGAAGAAUACAGUCCCGGCGGCUAUCACCCUGUGGUCAUUGGAGACACAUUCCAUGACGGCCGCUAUCACGUCGUUCACAAGCUUGGAUACGGAGGCUAUUCGACCAUUUGGCUCGCUCGGGACCAAUUGCGCAACCGAUCUGUCUCGCUGAAGAUCCUGCUCGCCAGCGGAUCAGAAAAUGACAGCGAAGGGGAAAUCCUCCGUUAUCUCAGCGACGGAGACUCGUGGGACCAAGGGAAGCGUUUCAUUCCUUUGCUCCUCGAAGAGUUUUCGAUCAAAGGUCCCAAUGGGCGACACAGUUGCCUAGUACAAGAGCCCGCUGGUUGCAGCAUCCCGGAAUUGAAAGAGAAUUCGACGAAUUUCAUGUUCCCGGCCGAGACCGCGAGAUCUAUUGCCGCUCAGCUGAUCAUGGGGCUUUCAUAUAUACACGCGCACGGAGUCUGCCAUGCAGAUCUCCACCUCCGAAACCUCCUCCUGCGCGGUCCAGAUCUUGAGACAUUGGAGCCCGACAUGUUAUACAAGCAGUAUCGCCUCGACACGGUGCCAAUCCGCAGAAUCGAUGGCGCCCCGGCUCAACCUCAUGCGCCACUCUACGCUGUCUAUCCGCUCAACAACGAAAUACCCGCAGAUCAAAUCGUCGACCCAGAAGUCCAGAUAAUUGACUAUGGAACAUCUUUCAUGUGGCCUGCGGACAGCACACCCGAGCUACACAGCCCUGCUCUAUAUCUGCCUCCAGAAGACUUCUUCGGCGAGCCCAUAACGCCGGCCGCGGAUGUCUGGACGCUCGGUGUCAGCCUGUACGAGGUACUUGGUGAGCGGCCUUUAUUCGAGAGCUUUGCCUCGGAUCGAGAUGACCUUCUCGCGGAUACAAUCAAUGCACUGGGUCAGCCGCCGAAGCGAUGGUGGGAUAAAUGGGCCCAGCGCCAAGAGUUCUUCCAGCCGGAUGGAUCCUACAUUGAGGACAUUAAAAGAAUCCACACCCCCAAGUUCCGACCGCUGCAGCAACGCUUGUGGCGAUUGGGACGAGGCGAGACGAGGGAGACGUGCGAUUGGGAUGUGGAAGGCGGAGAGAUGCGGGCUUUGGAAGAACUUUUGAGGUCGAUGUUGAAGUUUGAGCCAAGCGAGAGGGCGACGGCGGAGGAGUUGCUGGCUUCCGAAUACAUGGUCAAAUGGGCGAUGCCUGCUUGGCAGCGACAGCUACAGCGGACAGGAUGA